CGCGCCUUUAAGGCCAUUACAUUUUCUCAUACUAGGACGGACACACAGCUAUGCAAAAUUCUACCCUACUUUAGCAGCCAGCCAAACAUCAAACAACAUGUCGUUCAAAGACGACUUUAACAUUUUCAUUGGCGCUAAAUAUGGCAUAUUCAAAGGUGUUAAAGCAACAGAGGGACAACCGCUCAUAACAAAAAGCAUAAAGAAUGUCAACUUCUUGUCAAAAGACACUGACGUGACAGCGAUGUCCUGGAAUGAUGAAAAUGAAGAAUGCAUCUUAAUGGGUCUUUCUAAUCAAGUUGUUUCUACGUAUGACACCAAUGCCAAGUAUUUCAGUUCUAGCACCAACAUUCAAACGGAAACGGAAAAACUGGGGAAGAGUGAAGGCAGUAUUUGUGGCCUCUCUAGAUAUAAUGGAGCUUUAGUGACAGCUACGGAGUCCGGGCACAUAAGUGUUUUUAGAUUAGAAGAUGAUCAAUGCAUCAACAUCCAUGCUGGAGGCCCUGUUUCCAAAAUGCGACAUUCUAUGUCAAAUCCCUCUAUUAUUGGAACAGGAGGCUUAGAAAAUGAACUCAAACUUUGGGAUUUGAACACAGGGAAGAAAACCUUUGAGUCUAAAAAUGUUCCCCUUGAUUUUUUACAACUCCGUGUGAAAGUUUGGGUGACUGAUCACGUCUUCAUGCCAUCUUCGGACAAUGUGGCUGUGGGUAGCAAGUAUGGUUAUGUUCGUCUAUAUGAUCCCAAAGCUCAGAGAAGACCUGUAGUUAACGUUAAUAUGCCAGAGAUGGCAGUAACAUGUAUCGCUUCUACAGGAGAUGACCACACUGUACUGUGUGGUCUAGCAAAAGGUAACAUAGUAGCUGUUGACUUGCGCAUGGGUCGAACAGCUCAGAACUACAAAGGGUUUGUUGGUGCUGUACGUGACAUUGCAUGCCAUCCUACGGAGCCAUACAUAGUUAGUGUUGGCCUGGACCGCUUCUUACGUGUGCAUCACAAGACUACAAAGAAGAUACUUCUGAAGGAAUACAUGGUUUCUCGUAUGAGCUGUGUUCUCAUGAGAUCUAGCUUUGAUUUCAAUCACAAAGUUGGAAAGGGAAGCCAAAAUAAGUCACAUGAGAAAAAAGCUCAGAAAUUUGAAGAUAUGUUUGAUUCAAUGGAAGUGGUCAUAGAUGGACCUAGCAAAGAGAAGAAUUCCAAGGGUGUAACUGAAGUUCCAAAAGAGACUGAAACACCUCCUAAAAGGAAAAAGUCUCUAAUUGUAAACCCAUUUUCUGACAAAAAGAAACGUUCAAAACCACUGGCAGAAAAUACCUCUCCCAAGACGUCACUAGUGAGACAAAGUGCAAAUUCUAAGGAAACACAACCAGAAGAUUCAGAUGAUGAUAUCAUGAUUUUAGAUGAGAUAGCAGCUGACUCACAGCAAAGUAAAAGUGAAGGUGAUGAAUCAGAUGUCGAUGAAGCAGAUGGUGAUAGUGAUGAACUUGAUGAAGAAAAUGACGACAGUGAGAACAAUACUGAAGUAGCCCAUAAAUCUGCCAGUAGAAAAAGGAGACGGUGUUAAAGCUUGUGUAUAUUUUUUGGCUUAAGUUUGAUGGACAGGAGCAUUUUCUGUAACUAUACUUGACUUAGUUGUUCCUGAGCUUGUAUAGUGCAAAUGAAAUUGUUCAUGUACACAAGUAUAAAGUUUGUAAAUAAAUAAAUAAGUAAAUUACUAAA